AGGGCGGGGCGGGCGGCAAACGCAGCACUUUCCGCGGCUUUGACAAGCCUGCGGCGGCCGGCCCGAGCGCUUAACGGGGCCGAGACUGCGCCAUGCAGGAAGCGCCAGCCGCGCUGCCCACGGAGCCGGGCCCCAGCCCCGUGCCUGCCUUCCUCGGCAAGCUAUGGGCGCUGGUGGGCGACCCGGGUACCGACCACCUGAUCCGCUGGAGCCCGAGCGGGACCAGUUUCCUCGUGAGCGACCAGAGCCGCUUCGCCAAGGAAGUGCUACCCCAAUACUUCAAGCACAGCAACAUGGCCAGCUUUGUGCGGCAACUCAAUAUGUACGGUUUUCGGAAGGUGGUGAGCAUCGAGCAGGGCGGCCUGCUCAGGCCAGAACGAGACCACGUCGAGUUCCAGCAUCCGAGCUUCGUACGCGGCCGCGAGCAACUACUGGAACGCGUGCGGCGCAAGGUGCCGGCGCUGCGCAGCGACGACGGCCGCUGGCGCCCUGAGGACCUGGGCCGACUGCUGGGCGAGGUGCAGGCUUUUCGGGGAGUGCAGGAGAGCACCGAAGCGCGGCUGCGGGAGCUCAGGCAGCAGAACGAGAUCUUAUGGAGGGAGGUGGUGACGCUGCGGCAGAGCCAUGGUCAGCAACACCGCGUCAUUGGCAAGCUGAUCCAGUGCCUCUUUGGGCCACUUCAGGCAGGAUCGAGCUGUCCGGGAGCUAAGAGAAAGCUGUCCCUGAUGCUGGAUGAGGGGUGCCCAACACCAGCCAAAUUCAGCGCCUGCCCCCUACCUGGUACUCUCCUGCCGGACCCUUACUUUAUCCAGUCGCCCCUCCCAGAGACCACCUUCGGCCUCAGCAGCCCUCACAAGGCCAGAGGCCCCAUCAUCUCUGACAUUCCAGAAGACACUCCAUCCCCUGAAGGAACCAGGCUUUCUCCCUCCAGUGGUAGCAGGAGGGAGAAGGGCCUGGCACUGCUCAAAGAAGAGCCGGCCAGCCCAGGGGGGGAAGGCGAGGCUGGGCUGGCCCUGGCCCCAAACGAGUGUGACUUCUGCGUGACAGCACCCCCACCACUGCCUGUGGCUGUGGUGCAGGCCAUCCUGGAAGAAAAAGGGAGCUUCAGCCCUGAGGGGCCCAGGAAUGCCCAACAGCCUGAGCCAAGAUGCCCCAGGGAGGUUCCUGACAGGGGACCCCUGGACCUGGAGAGGGAAGGCAGGAGCCCAGAGAGUCUGCUGCCUCCAAUGCUGCUUCGGCCCUCCCCUGAAAAUGUGGAGCCUGCGGGGCCGCUGGAUGUGCUGGGUCCCAGCCUCCAAGGGCGAGAAUGGACUCUGAUGGACUUGGACAUGGAGCUGUCCCUGUUGCAGCCCUUGGUUCCAGAGAAGGGUGAAGCUGAGCUGGCGGUCAAGGGGUUAAAUUCUCCAGGCCCAGGGAAGGACUCUGCGCUUGGAGCGCCUCUUCUGCUGGACGUCCAAGCGACGUUGGGAGGCCCAGCCCUUGGCCUGCCUGGAGCUGUAACCAUUUACAGCACCCCCGAGAGCCGGGCCUCCUACCUGGGUCCAGGGGCCAACCCCUCUUCUUGAGACCCCCUCUCUUCUGAAGCCAGCCUGGCUGAAGGGCUGGCCCGCAGCAGCACGCCCUGCUCGGCUUCCUUGCGCCCCCUGGCGGAGGCUGAGUGAAGCCCCUUCUACUUAGCAGCCCCUCUCCAUUACCGAGCCCUGCAUAAAACUGCAUUUUUUUCUGUG